AUGCUUCUCGGAGUGGAUAUCCCAUCUUCAUCUGGGGCAAGAACUAUCCUCGAGUCAAUAGAUGUGAACAUCAAAUUCUCGGAUAUUCCUGUAGUUUGGCAGGUUCAAGAAUCAAAAGGAUCAUCUUUGUCGAGCACGAGAAGGUACGUUACAAUUGGUGGACAACCGAGACACCCUGGUUCCUCAACUAUGAGAAAUUGGUUCAAGAUCGAACGGAUUAGCAACAAUAGCCCAGAGUACCACAUUGCACAUUGCCCUAGCGUGUGCGAGUCAUGUGAGGUUGUGUGUGGGAAUGUGGGCAUAUCAUCAAAGAGUGGGAAAAGAUGGCUUUUCGUGUCUGAGCAUAGAGAGUUUCCAUUUGUGUUUGUCAAGGCCCAACAAAACUAA